CCCGGGCGGCCCCGCCUCCCUCACCUUCCUGCCACUCACAGCGGGCCGCCGGCCAAUGGACUCUGCUUCUGGGCCAAGUCCCGCCCUCGGGACCCGCUUUUCGUCCAAUCGCAGUCGCUCAUUAUUCAAUUAUCCAAUGAAGAGAAACGAAAGCCCGAAAAGAGGUUACUGGGCCAAUGGCACUGGGAGGCGGUGAGGCGGCGUGACCGACAGCUCCCCUCUCCAGUGGUCGGAGCCGAUGGGCGGUGAAGGAGCCGCCGCUCCACAAAUUACAGAGCGCGUAGCCGCAUGACGGAUAAGGAAGCGGCGGGUGCGCCCGCCUACAGGUGGCAAGUGGCCAAUGGGCAGCGGGGAUCUGCUGACGGGCGGCGGAAAGAACCAAUAGCGGCCCGGGGCGGGGUGAGAGCCGCGGCCAUGUCCCCGCUGCCGGAGGCGGAGCUGGUGCGGAGCUCGGUGCAGCUGUACCGGUACCUGCUGCGCUGCUGCCGCCGCCUGCCGCGGGGCCCCGUCCAGCAGCACUACCGCCACGCCAUCAGAGUUUCAAAGUCCAUGCUGAUGAAGACGAUCCUGAGCGAAUCCAGCAGAUUAUUAAGAGAGCCAUUGAAGAUGCUGACUGGGUGAUGAACAAAUAUAAAAACCAGAAGUAGAAGAGGAAGGAUGAAACCAAGAAGGACAUUGGUAAACAUCGUUAGAGGACUUGCAGUCAAGCCCAGUACUAUAUUAGAAUUAUUGCCUGAAGUUUUCUCUUGGAUAGUAUAAAUACAAUAAUUUAUAUUUCACUGGGAUGUCGUGAAUCUAAAUUAAUACUUCUGAAGCUAUUUAAUUUUGUAAAUUGCUUUGUAUAAUCACAAACAGAUUCUAAGUUAAAGCCCAAGCUUGCCUAACCUUUGAGUAACUUAUUCCAUUAUGCUGUUCUGCCUGGAUCAGCCCUAGCAGUGUGUGAUAGUGCUUGUUGUGCAGGUCCUUUGGGAGCAAGGCUCCCCUGCAUCACUCACUGUGGACUGGGGACUGAGCAUUUCAUCCUGUGUGUGUGACACCGACUGUGGCAGGCACUCUGCUGGGUCACGUCAGCUUCUGCUGGGACAGGUGGUAUUGUCAGAGUGCCCACCGAACGGGCUCUGUGCCCCCUGAACGGGCUCUGUGCCCCCUGAACGGGCUCUGUGCCCCACCGAACGGGCUCUGUGCCCCACCGAACGGGCUCUGUGCCCCCUGAACGGGCUCUGUGCCCCCUGAACGGGCUCUGUGCCCCCUCGGCCGGGUCUGUGCCCCCUCGGCCGGGUCUGUGCCCACCGAACGGGCUCUGUGCCCACCGAACGGGCUCUGUGCCCCCUCGGCCGGGUCUGUGCCCCCUCGGCCGGGUCUGUGCCCCCUCGGCCGGGUCUGUGCCCCCUCGGCCGGGUCUGUGCCCUGUACGGCACAGUCGCUGCCUGUGCCAUGCUCUACCGCUCAGAGGCUUCACAACGCUUUGCAGCACAUAAUAAAUGUCCUUUAAACGAG